GCAAGUCUCUCUGCUGCUUUGCGCUAUGACGUGAUUUGAUGGGUGUUAAGUGUCUCGGGUCAACCUACUUAAAACCCGGUGUCUGACUGAUAUGUUGCUAGUAUAAAAAAUAAGCAAGUAUUGUAAUACAAUAUGUAAAAUAAGCAAGCAUUGUAAUGCAAGAACGACCAGCGGAGGGGGCUUCCCUGCUUGGAAUACUGUAUGUAUACGAACUUCCUGGUCUUAGUUUGCUCCACCCACUGAGCUGCUUGAAGGUAGCUUUCGCUUAAAAGGGCGAUGCCAUAGCCAAAGUGGAAGAGUGGGGUCAAAAAAUUCCAUCAGCAAAAUGGCAGUCAUUUGUCGUAUUCUUAAGAGCGUCAGGGAUUACAACAUAAUCCGGAACGUGCAGCUAAAAACUGCCGAGACGUGGGCGAAUUAAAUCAUAAAAAGAAUGAAUCGGAUGGGCAAACAAAUACAACGGAAUUAAUUCAAAUCCCUGGAUUCUUAGAAUUCUUGAACCUAAUAAACAUUCCAUACCGCAAUUCUGCUUGUGAUUUUAGCGCUGCCAAUGAAUGCAAUUAUUUUAUAAAUUAUGGUUUAAUGUGCUGUGUGGCCAUUGCGAAUUGUGAUUUAUUCAGCAAGGCUUGGGGGGUGCAGCACACUCAGUCGGGCGCAUCCGCAAGUCUAUACAAUCUUCCCGGGCAAAAGGAAGGCGAUUAUUUCGAUGGGCUUGUCUCAGCAACAAGCAACUUCUAAGUCAGUGCCUUAGUCGGCAUUGACCCUUUAAAGAGCUAAAGCUCAUUUGCGCGCCAUUUCAAGUGUAGGAGGCGGGAAUCGCGGUAGAAGACGGGAGGACGUCGGGAUCGAGUUGCUUCUCCCGCAGCGAAAGCAGGAGCUAAAAGCACAAAUGGAGAGCUUGGCUCCAUUCUUUUUCUUAGUCUGAGAUUUAUGGACUUGUACAUGAUGAAUUGUGAACUCCUAGCAACUUGCAGUGCCCUUGGAUUCUUAGAAGGAGACACCUACCAUAAAGAACCAGACUGUAUAGAGAGCGUGAAAGAUUUAAUCCGCUAUCUGCGCCAUGAAGAUGAGACCCGGGAUAUUCGGCGACAGCUGGGAGCUUCUCAGAUUCUGCAAAAUGACCUGAUCCCUAUUAUUGUCCAGUACCCCCAAGAUAAACAGCUGUUUGAUGCUGUCAUCAGAUUAAUGGUGAAUUUAACUCAACCAGCUAUCCUCUGCUUUGGAAAAAUUCCCCAGGACAUUAACCUCCGCCAUCACUUCCUGCAGACUGUCUCUUACCUGCAGGCUUAUAAAGAAGCCUUUGCCAGCGAGAAGGUCUUUGGGGUGCUGAGCGAGAAGCUGUAUGAAUUGUUGCAGCUGGACUGGGAGCAGCGCCAGGAAGAAGAUAACCUGUUAAUUGAGCGCAUCUUGCUUCUGGUGCGCAAUGUGCUGCAUGUGCCAGCUGAUCCUGAUGAAGAGAAGAACAUUGACGAUGAUGCCAACAUCCAUGACCGGGUGCUCUGGGCUAUGCACAUUAGCGGGAUGGAUGAUUUGCUCAAAUUCUUGGCCAGCUCCACAAGUGAACAGCAGUGGAGUCUGCACGUGCUAGAGAUAAUCUCCCUUAUGUUCCGUGACCAGAAUGCAGAGCUGUUGGCAGCCACAGGAAAGACCCGUUCAGCCAAGGAGCAGAGCAUAGAUGUGGCAGGCCUGGAAAUCUUGAGGCAGAAGGAACAGGCUGAGAAGAAGACUCGUAUAUUCCAGCGGAGUAGCAGACACUCUCGUUUUGGUGGCUGUUAUGUUAUUCAGGGCUUGAAAGCUAUUGGGGAAAGAGAUGUGGUGAUGCACAAGGGGCUACACAAUAUGAAGAACUACAGCCACGAUCUGUGCAAGGAGGUACGCCGGGUGCCAAAAAGGCAGCAGCUCGCCAGUGAUGGUGAAGGACCCCCUCGCCGCUCUGCCCUAAAUGUGCGGCGCUUCCUCCAGGAGUUCUGUGUGGAGUUCUUGGAGAACUGCUACAAUCGCCUCAUGUACCUGGUCAAGGAUCACUUGAUCAGGGAAAAGGCCCAACAGCACGAUGAGACAUACUACUUAUGGGCUAUGGCUUUUUUCAUGGCCUUCAACCGGGCCUCUUCUUUCCAGCCUCAGCUGGUUUCUGAGACGGUUGGCGUUCGGGCCUUCCAUUUCAUUGAACAGAGUCUGACCAACUACUAUGAAAUGAGCCUGGUAGAUAAGAAGGACAUCACCUCUUGGACUAAAAGGAUGCAUCUGGCUCUCAAGGCUUACCAAGAAUUGCUGAUGACUAUGCAUGAAAUGGACCGUUCCCAGGAAGAAGCUGUGCGCAACAGCAGCCACAUCCUUAAAAAUAACAUUUUCUAUUUGAUGGAAUAUCGGGAGUUGUUCCUCACUCUUUUCCGUAAGUUUGAUGAGAAAAAGCAACCCAGGUCAUUCCUGAGAGAUCUGGUGGAGACAACUCAUCUCUUCUUGAAGAUGCUGGAGAAAUUUUGCAAAGGGAGGAAAAACCUUGUGGUCCAGGGCAAGAAGUGCAGGAGGAAAAAGAAAUCCAAGGCUCAUUCUGCUGGGCCCAGUGCGCGACCCCAAUCGUCUGAAGAGUUAGAGGAGGUGUGGCCAAAGCUGGUGGAGCAAAUUGAUAGGUGCAUCAAGGGUUUUGAGUCUCUUCCAGAUGAUGUCAUUCCUUUUGACGCCACAUCAGAAGUUCCAUUAGAGGAACAGCGAGCUGAGGCCAUGAUACGGAUCCAGGACAGCUUAUUAACUGGCCAGGCACCAGAAGCGCUCUCACUCUUGCGCUCGGCAAGGGAGGUGUGGCCUGAAGGAGACGUGUUUGGAUCAUCCGCCGUUGAUCCAGUUGAAGAAAUGGAGCUGCUAAAGCAAAUCUUCUUCGCCAACCUCCCUCGGCAAGCAGCAACUGACCCAGAUGAGCCUGAGGAGGCUGCUGAGGAUGAGGAAGUUGCUGAGGAAGAGUUGGCAUCUGUGCAGGUGUCUGAAAAAGAGUUCAGCUUCCUGGACUAUGUGAAGCGGUUUGCUAGUGCUCAUGUCGUCAAGGCCUACGUCCUGCUGUUCAGAAAUUACCAGCAGAACAGCCCCCACACUAAUCACUGCGUGGUCAAGAUGUUGCACCGCAUCGCCUGUGACCUCAAGAUGGAGGCCUUACUCUUUCAGCUGUCGGUCUUCUGCCUUUUCAACCAUCUUCUCAGUGACCCUGCCGCUGGAGCUUAUAAGGAGCUGGUGACCUUUGCCAAAUACAUUGUGGGCAAAUUUUUCGCAUUGGCAUCGACCAAUAAAAAAGCCUACAUGGAACUGUUGUUCUGGAAAAACACAGCUGUGGUUCGAGAAAUGACCGAAGGCUACACAGUGUCACAGGAAGAUGGAAGUUCUAAUUUGCACAAGGCCUCCCAUUGGACUGAGGAAGAGGAGGAAGAACUUCAGGAGCUCUACCACAAGUAUAAAGAAAUGGAAGGUGAAGAUGUGCUUGACAACAUCCUGUCACAUCUCGGCUCUCAUCCCCGGGGACGAAUGCAGGUGGCCAGGAAACUUGUGCGCUUGGGGUUGGUGAGCAGCAUACGAGACUUUCCUCAGGCGCGCAGGAAAGGAGCCCGCAUUGUGCUAUGGACAGAGGAUCAGGAGCUGGAGCUUCGCCGGCUCUUUGAGGAGUUCCGUGACUCCGAUGAUAUCCUAUCCAAUGUAAUGAAGCACAUCACAGCCAAACGAUCCAAAGCCCGCAUUAUUGAGAAGAUGCUUAGCAUAGGGUUGGUGUCUGAUCGCAAGGAACUUUACAAGAAGCGCAAACGGAAAGCUGGUUCCCCUAGAGAGAAUAAAGCCUCGUUCCCCAACGAUUCUGAGGUGCCUGACCUGGCUGAGAUAGAUGGUGAAGAUGAAGAGGAAGAAGAAAUGGAUGACUUGGAUUGUGAAGAAGAAGAACUGGCCAAGGAGGAUCCUGGAAAUGACACGGAUCAAAAAUCCUGGGAUGGGUGGUCCAAGAAAAUGUGGGGAGGCGCUUCAGAGCGAAAACUUGUACAAAGCCUUAGAUUAGAAGGUUUUGCUGGCCCCUUGCUCUGGCUUCAGAACUGCUUGAACAAAACAGCUGCUGCCCGAGGAGAGAAUGGAUGUGCCCAGGCUGUUCCUUUGGUGCCAUUGACUGAAGAAAGUGAGGAUGCCAUGGAGCACAAAAAUUUCCAGAAACUGUUGUGGAAGGUGGGGGUACGAUCUCCAGCCAAUGAGCAGGAAUCCUUCUGGCGCAUCCCAGCUAAACUCAGCUCAGAACAAUUACGCCACAUGGCUGCUUUCAUUGCUUCGGAAGAAAUGGAGGGGGAGACUCAAAAACAGCAAGCUGAAGAUCAUUCAGAAGAAGAUCAUCCCAAAGUAAUGGAACCAAGAGGGCUGAAAGCAGAAACAGAGGAGCAUAUCCAGCAUCCUUUGGGCCCUAAAAGAAGCCGCUUGGUUGAUGAAGAGGAAAACCAUGACCAAGAUUCCAGUGAUGAGGAUGGACCAUGUCCUUCCAGUAAGAGGAAGUGCCUGCGAAUUGAAGAAGACGAGGACUGAGGAAAUUGGAAACAUCUCCCUUAGCAUGUCAAAAAGACCAGUGAAAGCAAGCCUUGGGGCUACUGCCAGUUACCUCAAGAACUGGAUUGGGCAAGAUUAGAGAGCAGUCAACAUCCCCAGGGAAAACAUUAGGGAAGGAAUACAGAAACUAAACUUUUAUAUCAUAAUAAAAAUCUGUAUGAUCACCAAUGUGGCGGGAGAAUUAGAAAGAGUAAACAGCUCAUAACUUCUGCCCUAUGAUUAGAUGCAAUUGUUGUUAAUGCUAAUGUGACAGUCACCUUUCAAACCGCUCCAGGUUGUUGCCUGCCCGCUCUUGCUUUCCUGGCAUUCCUCAGUAUCGUUUGCUUAGAGCAGGGGUAGUCAAGCUUGGCUCUUUUAUGACUCGUGGACUUCAAUUCCCAGAAUUCCUGAGCCAAGCUUGACUACCCCUGGCUUAGAGUCACUAAGAAUCACCCUUACCAGCUAGUUUGCCAAGCAAGAAUGUGACAUACUGGCUUUCCACAGUGUUUGGUUUGUUUGUGGAUCUGCCUCUUUUGUCUCUGGUUUGGCUUAGAUAUCAUGGGCUUAUACUGUGUGUCACAUUUUGCCUUAAUUACCUGAACACAUCAAUAUUGGUUUCUUCUGUUCCUCUGCUUUUUUCCUUUUGUGAAAUUUCUUCUCCCAAAAAAAAAAAAAAAAAGGAACUGGAAGUAGGCCAUUGCCAAGCCUUGCUAAAAAAGUAGUGAUGGGAUAAUGAUACAAGAGAUAUUAAAGUUGCAAUUGCAUGCAUCUCUGAUAUUUCUGCCUUGCCUCCUUUGGUUAAGAGUUUGUUUUUACAUUUGAUCCUUCUGAAAUCCGCCCAAUGUCAGCGGAUGAUCUAUAACAAUUGUGGAUAUUUGUGUACUUCUUUGUUGUACUUUUGAUAUUUUUUUUUAAAUAUCUAAAAAAUUCUGAAAAAUAAAGUAUAAAAUAUCCUGA